GAGCAGCAGAAAAACAAAUUCUUGCACAUUAAUUUAUUUGAUUUUCCUUUUGCUUCUUCUUCGAAUUCAGCUUUAUUUUAUUUUUAAUAUUUUAUUUUAAUUUUGCUCCUCUUCCUUCACCAUACUUUUCAAGAAUCAACGAUUUUCUUCGAUUUGUUGAUCUACUUUAUUUUUUUAAGCAGUGUGCUGAUCCCGAAUAUUGAGCUAAUUGGAAUAAUUGAUCAUUUCCUCACGGCUACAAAAAACCCCUCCAAAAAAGUUCCAAAGAUUGAAUUUUUAUGAAUUGGCUGCUUUGAAAUUUCGAAAACAAGCAUUUCUGGUGUUGGGAUUUCGUGUGCAUGAAUAGAUGUAUAUAAAGGUAUAGUUUAUAUAAUAAAAGAGGGGUUUUUGAGGUUGAGUUGAUAUGGGUGGGUGUGUUCCUUGCUUUGGAUCAUCAAAUAAGGAAGGAAAUGGCAAUAAUUGUGAUAAUGGAGUGAAAGAAAUGGGGAAAAAGGAGUCUUUCAAAGACGGUUCAGCUCCUCAUUCUAAUAAUAGAGUGAGUUCAGAAAAAUCAAAAGCUCGAAAUAGUAGUGAUUCCAAGAAGGAACCAGGGAUUCCAAAAGAGCCAACAGCUCAUAUUGCUGCCCAGACCUUCACGUUUAGGGACCUUGCUGCAGCGACAAAGAAUUUUAGACCCGAGUGCUUACUUGGUGAAGGUGGGUUCGGACGAGUUUACAAAGGCAAGUUGGAGUCGGGACAGGUGGUCGCGGUUAAACAACUUGACCGGAAUGGUCUUCAAGGGAAUAGAGAAUUCUUGGUUGAGGUUCUCAUGCUUAGCCUGUUACACCAUCCGAAUCUCGUUAACUUGAUAGGAUAUUGUGCUGACGGCGAUCAGCGUCUACUUGUUUAUGAGUACAUGCCGUUGGGGUCUCUGGAAGAUCAUUUACAUGAUCUUCCACCCGAUAAACAACCUUUGGACUGGAAUACAAGGAUGAAAAUCGCUGCUGGGGCGGCCAAGGGACUAGAAUACUUGCACGACAAAGCCAAUCCACCGGUCAUAUACCGAGAUCUAAAAUCCUCUAAUAUCCUUCUUGACGAGGGAUAUUUCCCUAAAUUGUCAGAUUUUGGGCUUGCAAAGUUGGGUCCGGUUGGCGAUAAAACUCACGUCUCAACGAGGGUGAUGGGCACCUACGGCUAUUGUGCUCCGGAAUAUGCCAUGACUGGUCAGCUGACUUUGAAAUCUGAUGUCUACAGUUUCGGUGUCGUCUUCCUCGAACUCAUCACCGGUCGAAAGGCCAUCGACAAUAAUAGAGGCGCAGGGGAGCAUAAUCUCGUUGCGUGGGCGAGGCCGCUUUUCAAGGAUCGGAGAAAGUUCCCGAAAAUGGCCGAUCCGGAGUUGCAAGGCCAGUACCCGAUCCGCGGGCUGUAUCAAGCGCUAGCAGUGGCGGCCAUGUGCUUGCAAGAGCAAGCUGCCACGAGACCUCUAAUCGGGGACGUCGUGACUGCCCUGACGUACCUGGCGUCCCAAACUUACGAUCCUAACUCACCCUCCUCCGCGCAGAGUAACAAAACCGGCUCGUCUACUCCGAGGCACAGGGACGAGAGGAGGAGCGCAUCCAAUGGAACAGAUGGCCUGGAUGACGCAUGGCGUGGAGGCCUCCAUCGCUCCCCUUCCGCACACAAGAACUCGCCCGACUCGAGGAAGAGAGACUCUCCGAGGGAGUUCAACGUCGGCGGAGGAGAGCUCCGGAGGAUUGAAACCGCCGGCGGGUCAGGGAGCAGGUGGGCUUCAGACGAGCCGGAUCGCCCUGGCUCUCAGCGAGACAGCCCGGCGAGUUUGAGGAAUCGCGAUCUUGAACGAGAACGUGCCGUUGCUCUGGCCAAGGUGUGGGGUGAGAACUGGAGGGGGAGAAAGAGGACAACUACAGUGGGUAGCUUCGAUGGCAAUGAAUGAAUGAAUCUCACACCAUAUGUUUGCUCUUCUGGGAUCAAGACAAUCGAGUAUGUCGGCGUCGUUUCAUCUCGAUUUCCGGACUGCUCGAGCAGUCGUCGGAAUCUUUCUUGUGAUUCAGCAAGGGGCUGGAUGUUUACUGGGGUGGGAACAGAUGGGGUUUAGAGCAUGCCCUUUUAAGGCAUCUCUGCUAUUAGAUGGGAGAAAUGGAUGAAUCUGUGUAUGUAGAGGCUUGGUGUUAUAAAGAAAAUUGGGAAUGUAUGAACUUUUUUGGGCUCCAAAUAUGGUCUUUAUGCAUGAAAAUGGAUUUCAUGUCAAAAAAAUUAUUCUUGCAAUCUUAUAAGCUAU